ACCAUGUAUGGUGAAGUUGACUAGAACAUAUAUCCUAGAAGCGAGAGAAGUUUCAAUAAUACCGUAAUCCAUACGCUCAUUUUCUUGUCCAUCUUUAAGCCAUAAUCAUUUAUUUUCUGGGAGGAGUACGGGAUGAUGGCGACUGAGAAUCCAUUCUUAAGGAAUGCAAAUGUCGGACAAUCGCCCGCUGAAGAGGCGCCUGCCGAUUCAUCAAACAUGGAGACAUACAACAGCAAGAAUCCUUUUUUGUCACCAAAUUUAGUUCGAACUAAUGAUCCUUAUAUGGAGUCUCUAGCAGAUGAUUUGUUUAAUAGUCUACAGAAAAAUCCAGUUCGUUCACCAGUAUCUACCGAAUCCUCUAGUCCCAUAAAAACAAGCCAUGAUUUAUUAGAUUUCCGCUCUAAUUCACCUAUGAGCACAACUCGACCUCUUUCUUCCAUGAGUAAUGACAGACCUCCGUCAUACCGAUUGUCGCGUGCUCGUAGCACUCAUGUAGGAUCCUCUAGUGGUCGCUACCGAUCUCCUUCCAAAACUGACUAUUCUCCAUCUAAUCAAUCCGGUCACUCCCCUGUCAAGGGUAAAAUUCGUCGAUAUAAGACCGUUCGCGAAGGUCGCCGUAACAAAAAUAUUACGAAGGAACCAUUAGAUCAGAUUGAUCGUUUAGAUGUGACCGGGAUAUACGGUUCAGGAAGUUUUCAUCAUGAUGGUCCUUUUGAUGCUUGCCGACCUCAUCGCAACCGCAAUGCAAAAAAAGCCCCAGUGGCUGCUUUUCCAAAAGACAGUAUUGCUAAUUCUAUUCCAAAAAUUGGUAAUAACUUUCAUGACCCGUCUGCCCCAAAGGAUUUCAGUAGAAAGGCUAUUCACGAUAACCUUCGUACGAAAGCUGUUCUUCAAUCUCCUUUUAGUUCUAUGACUUACGAUGAAGAAAAUCCAGUCCCCGGCGGUAACACUGAUGCUCCCGGUUUAACAGAUUCGACUCGUAUCGAAGGUGCCCUUGCCUCUAAAAGUGCGAUAGCUCGUAAUGAAGAAUUACAGGCCAUGGAAAAAGCUGGACUUCACAGAAAGAAUUCUUUAAUGCGGCGACUUAAUUUUGGACGUACUAACAAUCUUUCUCGUUCCUCUACUUUACCCAGUAAUUACCGUUCAAGGUCUGCUCUAGAUGUCCGGAAAUCUCCAGUAGAGUCGCCUCGAGCUUUGAAUCCUAUAUCCAAUGCAGACGAGUAUGAAAGUGAUGACAGUAUUUUCCAGUCACGAAAUGCCGAAAUGAAACCCUCUUCUAAGAAGGCACCUCCUCCACCAAAAAGAAGAAAUGGUGGUUUAAACACUCGUCCUUACCCAGCUCAUACCCAAUCACAAACGUCUCUUCCCUUAACAGCCAAAGAAGAAGCCAAACCCAAAAAAAUGAAUUUGUUCCGAAGACUUUUCAGCAGACGAAAGUCUUAG